GACGACGAUGAUGAGAGCGACGAUUCGGAUCUACACACCGAUCCGCUUCAGCCAUCGGUUUCAUCUCAUGAUAUCAACGAUCCCUACCGUGUUGCCGGAUGGCCUGAAAACAUGCCACUUCCUGGACACUCAUUUCCUCAUGCCCCUGCUGUCAAACCAAGGACCCGUCAGCCAUUAUCCAACAAUCUCCAAAAAGAGCUCGCAGCUCUAAAGCCUCCAUUGUACGUCCCACCUCCUGGCGAACAAGACACUACCUCAUCACUUCGCCGCCAUCAUCUAGGUGUGCUCAAUACCAUUCUUCACACAAGCCUUUUGAAGCACGACUUUUUACGUGCAGGCAGAGCGUGGGGCAUGAUCUUGCGUACUAAUAUUCUUGGUCGACCACUCGAUGUGCGCACACAUGGUCGAUGGGGUAUUGGUGCUGGGAUACUGAUGCGAAAAUUCUCGCCCCAGAAUGAUUCUCAGGACGAGUCAAAUAAUGCAUCAACCAUUAGUGACGAAGGGUUCGAGGCAGCAAAAGAUUAUUACGAACGCUUGAUCCUGCAGUACCCUUUUCAAAAGACAAACCCAAAUGCCAUAUCAUCACUAACUUUCUACCCUGCAAUGUUUGGACUCUGCAUCUACGAGAUUCAACAAAAAUGUAAUCGAGCUCUGGAACGCAACCGUAAUUCUUCAUUAGAAGCGGACCAGUCCGACUCGGAAUUAGAGUCAACCCGGAAUCAGGAGUCAGAAGGUAUCGCUGCCAUCAAACGCUCUGAGCUAGACUCUGCAGCGAGUCUCGCAGCCCGUAUGGAUGAACUCAUGUUGUCUCCUCCUUUUGACACAUAUCCGCCACUCUUACAAUUAAGAGGCUCAGUAGCUCUCUGGCUAGCAGAUCUC